AUGAGUCCACUUGAAGAAGCAGCGCGUGCGCUUAGCGGAGUGAGCCGCUACGUGACGAGCAACCUCUCGCCGCAUGGCUCCUCCUCCUCUCCCUCUUCGCUGAGCUUCUCCGCCGACGAGGAGCAGGCGCUGGAGGAGAAGGUGAGCGACGGCAUCGCCGCGUACCAGCGCGCGCUGUCGUCUGCCCAGGACUGGGUCCAGGAGCUGCAGGACCCCAAGGAGGCGCAGGAGGCCGCGCAGACGCUGGAGAAGCACAAGAAGCAGCUGCAGAGCCACGUCGCCAGCUGCAGGAAGGCGCUGGUCGCCUACCGCCAGCGCGCGAAGGUCGAGCGCCUCGAGCAGCAGCGCCAGAGCCUCCUGCCCAACCCCCCCGCGGAGGGCAAGACCACGUCGUCGUCCUCCUCCAGCGCCGCCUCGGGCUCGGCGGUGGACGUCACGGCGGCGCUCAAGCGCACGCGGCAGGUGAUGUCGCAGGAGAUCGAGCGCGUGAGCUCCGUGACCAAGGUUCUCGACGACGGGAAGCUCAGUCUGCGCAGCUCCCACAAGGAGUACGGCAGCGUCAACGCCGAGAUCGCAGAGGUGCGCAAGCGGCUGAAGGCGCUCGAGUGGCAGGCCAGGCAGGACAAGAUGUGGAUCGGCGCCGGCAUCGCCGUGCUGCUCUCGACGGUGCUAUUUAUCGUGUACGAGCGCACCGGACUCGUGUGGAUAUGAAGGAGGCGGCGCUAACGGCUAAUAACAGCAAAUGUAGCAUUCAAGAGUAACAUCCACUGUCCACUAAUAAGUGGACUCUUGAAUGCUACAUUUGC